UGGGCCAUUAUUGUUCUUUGACUGAGCCCUGUAUCUAAUUUCUCCCCCUCUCCCCUUCCCAGCUAUGUCUAAAUCUUGACAUUUUCUUUACAUCAUUUAUGAUCCGGCUUUUUCUCUCAGAGUCAUUAUUUUAUCCCCGGUCUACUUGAGCCUCCUUCUCUGGCCGUGAUAUAUGAACUCUUACCCUACUUGCAUCCAUUCAAAACACUGCUCCAAUGAUCACUUUCCUGGUUUGCUCUUGUCAGCUUCAUACUGACUUCAUUCCUUCCUCUUCCACUGCAUCAAAAUGAAACUGGUUAUCUCUGCUUUGAAAAUAGUUGAUGAAGGAUCCUAACUCAUUCAUUUUGUAUUGAAAUAUUUAUGGAGAGGCAGGGAGAAGCCGUGUGCGUCUUAGUAUCUGGCUUAGUAGGUUUUUCUACAAAUACUUUUGUGCUUCCUCUCAUGUCAUUCCUGACCCCUGUCCUUGGGAGGAGAACUUUUAAAAAUAUCCACAAGGUUACCAUAUCAUCCUUCUUUUAAUACGUUAUUAAAGCUCAUAACACCUAAAGAAGAAAGUGGUAUACUCUGACAGCUGCUUAUUGUACUGUUCAUACUUUCUUUAUUUCCUCCUUGCCGCAGCAGGCUUAUGUUCCCAAGUCAUUUAAGUGGUUUUCAAAAUUUUUGCUGGGGGAAGUGGGAGGAUGGAAUUUUCCACUUAAGAAAAAAACAAAGUCCCACAAACAACCACACAAUACUCUUUACAUGUUAAAAUAUACAUACAAAAAAGUUACACAUUCUCUUGCAUUAGUCUCUGUGAGAGCUGUUUAGAUACAUCAGCUAUUUUCCUUGCCUCCUGGUACAGAAGCAGGUAAUGGGAGGGCAGUUUAUUAUUGAUGGGAAAGGCAUAAAUAGAUGUACCUGUGCUGGAGGUACCUGUUGCUGAGAUGUCCUCAGGCAAGGAGGUUAGUAAUUGGCAGGGUAAUUAGGGACAGUUAAGGGGGCUGUGGAGAAAGCAGGUGUGUAAGCUUUAUUCAGAAAUUGUUUUGCAUAUUAUUAUUAUUAUUAUUACCAUUAUUAUUAGAUUUAUAUCCCACUUCGUCUAGCACAUUUGUAGAAAUGGGACACGCAUUACUAUGAUUUGUAUACUAAUGGGCCAAAUAUGUGACAGUUCUUCGCAGUGAAGACUCCUCCCAAAUCUAAUAGAAAGUUUGUUUAAAGCCUGCCUUCAUCACAGCUGAUUUUAACUUGGGCAAUUAACUCCUCACAGUUACCACAGCAAUUCACCAAGCUCAAUUAAAACAAGAAACACCAAAGAGGAAAAAGAUCCAUGAAUUUCUGUUAGUUGGUUAAAAACAUAUGGCUAUUUGCUUCCCUCUGACAGUCGAAUGUCGGCUCUGCAAUCAGGAAAAGCUAUGCAAACGGCAGUUGCCACUAUGCAGCAGUUUUAUGGGAUCCCAGUCACAGGAGUGUUGGAUCAGACGACUAUUGAAUGGAUGAAGAAGCCUCGAUGUGGGGUUCCUGAUCAUCCCCAUUUAAGCCAUAACCGAAGGAAAAAGCGAUAUGCGCUAACUGGACAGAAAUGGAGGCAGAAGCAUAUAACUUACAGUGUGCACAACUACACCCCCAAGGUUGGAGAGAUUGAUACAAGGAGAGCCAUUCGCCAGGCAUUUGAUGUUUGGCAGAGAGUGACGCCACUUACCUUUGAAGAGGUUCCUUAUCAUGAAAUUAAAAAUGACAGGAAGGAGGCAGAUAUUAUGAUAUUUUUUGCUUCUGGUUUCCAUGGAGACAGUUCUCCAUUUGAUGGAGAAGGUGGAUUCCUAGCUCAUGCUUACUUUCCUGGACCAGGAAUAGGAGGAGAUACUCACUUCGAUUCAGAUGAGCCAUGGACUCUGGGAAAUUCUAAUCAUGAUGGAAAUGAUCUCUUUCUGGUUGCUGUCCAUGAGCUGGGUCAUGCCCUAGGCCUUGAACACUCCAAUGACCCCAGUGCUAUCAUGGCCCCUUUCUACCAGUACAUGGAAACACAAAACUUUAAACUCCCACAGGAUGACCUUCAAGGAAUUCAGAAAAUCUAUGGUCACCUUGGUAUUCAGAUGGUCUGCGACAGAUGAAGCAUGAAGGGAGCAGGCUAAAGUGCAGUGAUGG